AUGACAUGGGAUGCCGGCAAACAGCUUUUGGAAACGUUGGCAUCAGCAGCAGCCAAAGGACAUCAUGAGCAAGUCUUAGAGGAAUCGACAGCAGCUUGUAACCAAUUGGUCCAGCUUUAUAUGGGCUUCCUUGAUUUGCGUUCCAAAACACGAGCGAUCCGAGGCGAGUUUGACACAGCACUUGACGACGCAGCUACAAUGCAGCAAUUGGCUCCAGCAUCAGCCUUGGGUUAUUUGCGUGGUGGGUACGUGUAUGAUAUGCGUGGAUUACGGCGGGAAGCGAUACGCGUGUAUGACGAAGGGCUGAACCAUGUCUCGAUGGACGAUCCAGCAUACCAGCUUGUUGUCAACGCCAAAUCAUCAUCAGAGGAAGCUCUCAAUCAUCGCUUUGAUAUCUUGGAUAAACUAUCACCGGAUCUCCUCAUGAAUAUUGUACCGCGUUUUGUGGGCAACGAUCCAUUGUCAAGUGAUGAAGAGUAUCCCUACUUGAACGUAUCCAAGAGAUGGCAUCAUCUUAUUCCGCCAAUCGCCAACUUUCAUUUUAUUAUCAAGCAGCCUAAGACCUUGGAUCAGGGACAUGAUCACCUCGUAUCAGUAUCGAGACAUGUGAAGACAUUAACACUCCAAAGCUGCCCAAAGACCAUCAAUCGAUUAUUUCAACGAGCAUCUUUUGAAGCCUUGAGCCAAUUGACAAUCAAAGCCAACGAGGAUUCCUUCUUGCUACUAUUGCGUGCACUUGGCAAAAAGCUGACGCAUUUGACCAUAUCCAAGUUGACAUUGGUAUUUAACUCAAGUAUCAAUCUACGAUGGAUUUUAUUGGAUUGCAGCUGUCCCAACUUGAAGUCACUCGACAUUUCCAACGUCAACAUUGUGAUCAAUUCAUUGCCCUUUUAUCCCAAAUUGGAGGAGCUUUCGAUCAACAACACUAGACAAAGCUUUGGAAAAGAGGCUGCUCAGGAGCUUUUAUCAUGUUUCCCUUCCUUGAAGUCACUAGCGGUGGACAAGUCAGUGGACUCGAGUGUGCUUACCAUGGUACAGGAAAGGUGCCCAUCAUUGUAUGACUUAUGGUUUGGAUCGUUACGUGCGCCCACUUUGAUGUAUCAUGGAAAUGGAGGGCUACAUGAUCUCGUGCUUGAUCUGGAUCGAAGAAAUGGGGCGAACUAUGCGGGAAUGGUCGGAUUAUUGAUGAAACAUUGCCAGACCUUGAUGGGAUGCCGGUUAUACCUUGGUCCUGUUGGGCCGAACCCUGGAGUAUGUGAUGUUGAUUUACCUUCUGAUGUCAAAUUCAGCCGACUACACACGUUACACAUUGCAUCGUUUGAACAAUUAGGCUGUCAACAAUGGGAUACCCGCCUAUUUGAGUGGAUCAUUCAGCAUUCAUCGGAUAUCGAAAGCAUUUACUUGUAUGGCGUACCAGCGAUUCGACCACAAAUUAUACAACCUCUACGCAAGUUUACAUCCUUGAAACGUGCGAUGUUUCAUGUGGCCAGCGAUGAUCAGAUUGACCCUAUCCUACAAUUUCUUAUGCACCACCAAUCUCUUGGCACAAUGUCGAUGUUACAUCAAGUGGCCUUGUCUUUCCAACUAUUCACAGUUAACUCGCACAGAUUGUUUUCAACAUUGGCGACGCUUCCAAAAUUGCAAGUAUUGAGGAUAGAAGUCUUUGGAAAUUCUUCAGCGGUCAAUGUGGCCAACUUCAUAACGGCUCUUGCUCGUGGUUGUCCCAAUUUGGAAUACAUGGACUUGAUUUUCCACCAAGGCAUUCAACAAGGCGUUUUGAGUAGGUCCCACUUAUUAAAUCGUUAA